UGGUUCAAAAAAUUGGUUGAGGAUUAUGAAAAAGAAGUUGGUGAUGGUGUUGGUGAUUAUGAUAAUGAUAAUGAUUAUGAUAAUGAUUAUGAUAAUGAUUAUGAUAAUGAUUAUGAUAAUGAUUAUAAUAAUGAUAAUGAUUAUGAUAAUGAUUAUAAUAAUGAUUAUGGUGAUAAUGAUAAUGAUUAUGAUGAUAAUGAUUAUAAUUAUGAUGAUAAUGAUUAUAAUUAUGAUGAUGAUCAUCAUCAUAUAAGUGCACAUCAACAAGGAAAACACCCAGAAGACUUACUUGCAUUAAAUAAAAUAUCUAAUCAACCGUUAUCGAAAUACAAAAAGAACAAAUUAAUAACAACAAUGUGGAUAGAGAUACAUAUGAUGAUAUUAGAAGAAUGUAAAGAGGAGGAAGUUCAAUUGAA